AUGGUACUUGACCGGCAUGAAACUGUCCUUGCGCAGCCAUUUAUGUGGGCCCCGGUAGCUGCUCUGGCUCCUCAGACGGAGCAGGUGUCUCCUCUACCGUGGGUGACACCUCCUGCGCCGGAGCCUGUGGUCGUCGGCGAUGUAGCUCCUCUGGCUUCUCUGCCGGAGCAGGUGGUGCCUCCUCAGCCUCAGCCGGGUGUUCAUCUGCCGCUGGUGUUACCUCCUCUGCCCCCACCUGUGGUCGUCGCUGAUGAGAAAGAAGAAGAGGUAGCUCCUCUGGCUUCUCUGCCGGAGCAGUUGGUGGCUCCUCAGCCUCAGCCGGGUGUUCAUCUGCCGCUAGUGUUGCCUCCUCUGCCCCCACCCGCGGUCGUCGCGGACGAGAACGAAGAAGAGGUAGCUCCUCUGGCUCCUCUGCCGGAGCAGGUGGUGGCUCCUCAGCCUCAGCCGGGUAUUCAUCUGCCGCUAGUGUUGCCUCCUCUGCCCCCACCCGCGGUCGUCGCCGACGAGAACGAAGAAGAGGUCCUAAGUGACGACGUCAACAACGACCUAGAAACCCAGAGGAUCUACAGGAGGCAGAAGGUGAGGGAGCUGGACAGUGGUGUGCUCGAGAAAUGUGUCAGGCCUAGAAUUGGAAGGGGGGCUACGGAUGCCCUUACUGCAACAAGCUGA